CUUACUUCUCCAACCGCUUUACCCAUUCGUAUGAAAAAGACGAACAACUAGAAAAAUCGAGGGAAGCCACUGCUUUGACAAAACAAAAAACCUCUCGUCGGCGCUGGAAAAAUUGCCGGAGCUAAUGGACAACGGCGAAAUUCCCGACAACGCUAAUGAAAGUAAUGGUUUUCCUUCUUCUUCUGAUUGCCCUGGUCCUCAGUCGGAGUCCGCGGGGAAAUCCGACGCCUGCCAAGGAUGUCCCAACCAAGAAAUUUGUGCUACUGCUCCCAAAGGCCCUGACCCAGACCUGGUUGCGAUAGCAGAACGAAUGGCAACUGUUAAGCACAAGAUUCUGGUUCUAUCAGGGAAGGGUGGAGUCGGAAAGAGCACGUUCUCUGCUCAACUAUCGUUUGCACUAGCAGCCAUGGACUUCCAGGUAGGCCUCCUAGACAUCGAUAUUUGUGGCCCAAGUAUCCCGAAGAUGCUUGGUCUAGAAGGUCAAGAUGUGCAUCAGAGCAACCUUGGAUGGUCCCCUGUUUACGUAGAGUCCAACCUUGGAGUCAUGUCAAUAGGGUUCAUGCUCCCAAACCCAGACGAAGCUGUCAUUUGGAGAGGCCCUCGAAAAAACGGUCUCAUCAAGCAGUUUCUAAAGGACGUGUACUGGGGAGAACUCGACUUCCUCGUCGUCGACGCCCCUCCAGGGACAUCAGACGAGCACAUUUCAAUCGUGCAAUGCCUCGAGGCUACCGGAAUCGAAGGUGCAAUAAUUGUCACCACCCCACAACAAGUUUCUCUCAUCGAUGUGCGCAAAGAGGUGAGCUUCUGCAAAAAAGUCGGCGUCAAAGUCCUCGGAGUCGUAGAAAACAUGAGCGGCUUGUGCCAACCGCUGUUGGAUCUGAAGUUUCUAAAGACGAACAAGGCAGGAGAGCAGGCAGACGUAACGGAAUGGGCAGCGGAGUACAUCCGGGAGAAGGCGCCGGAGCUGCUAGAUUUGAUCACUUGCAGUGAAGUGUUUGAUAGCAGUGGGGGAGGGGCUGCAAAAAUGUGUAGGGAGAUGGGGGUGCCAUUUCUAGGGAAGGUGCCAUUGGAUCCACAGCUUUGUAAGGCAGCUGAAGAAGGAAGAUCAUGCUUUGGGGACCAGGAAUGUGGGGUAAGUGCCCCAGCAUUGAAGAACAUUAUAGAGAAGUUGAUGGAAAAUCAAGGGCUUUCAAGUUUCAACAAUGUCAAUACAUGAUAAAGCAUAGAGUUAAAAGGGGUAAAUUUGAAUAAUUUUUUAGUGAUUUAAGGUUUUUGUGCAACUAUUUAAUUACCCUUCUGCUUACAUUCAAGUUUAAACCACUUGUUUCUUCUCUCCUAUCUUUCUAAGACACAUGUUUGUUUGUUUCUCUUAGCUUGUAAAAUAUCUUCAUAUAUUGAUUUGAUUCUGGUUUUAAAAUACAGUAAAAAAGGUGAUUACUAGGAUAGGAUGUUUUUCCUUGGGUCUAUGAAAUUAGUCGAGGUGUAAUCAAAUCAACUCGAAUGUUUACAAUA